AUGAAUAUGAACUCAAGUUACCAUUAUUCAAUGAGAAUACUAACACUUUUUUUUAGCGGCGACGAUGAAAAGAAAGAGACCGUAAAAGCAAGCCCCGAGACAAAGGGUGAAGGAGAUACUAGUGCAGGUGAUUCAGCGAGCAAAGAAGAAACUGUGCCCACAUUAAAGGCAGAAAAUAGUGGCCAGGCUAGUACGACCGACACGUCACAACAGACCCCUGAUGACAUUACCAAAGCGACUGGUAUACCACCUCCACCAGAUGCUGGAUCAUUUGCAGGAAUGAUUCCACCUCCUGGAUCUGUUAUGCAAGGGGUUCCAGGACUGAUUCCACCGGUACCUCAAGAUUUCCAACAAUUCCAGCAGCAACUUCAGAGUGGGCAAGCUCCUCCUCUUCCUCCUCAACCACCCCAACAGCCACCUCAGCAAGCAAUGCCCCCAUCUUCCAUGGGAAAAGAAAGUGGAAAAAUGUUCAUUGGUGGUCUUAAUUGGGAUACGACAGAGCAGGGAUUAGUUGACUACUUUACAAAGUUUGGCGAAGUCGUUGAUCAUACUAUUAUGAGGGACAAUAAUACAGGGAAAUCUCGUGGUUUUGGGUUUUUGACUUUCAAAGAUCCAAAAUCUGUUGAUGAAGUUAUCAAAAGAGACCAUAUUUUAGAUGGAAAGUUGAUCGAUCCUAAAAGGGCCAUUGCAAGAGAAGAACAAGAUAAGGUUGGAAAGAUUUUCGUAGGUGGAAUUGAUCCAAUGGUUAACGAAAAGGAAUUCAAUGACUUUUUUGCUCAAUUUGGUAGUAUAAUUGACGCUCAAUUGAUGAUAGAUAAAGAUACUGGGAGGUCCAGAGGGUUUGGAUUCAUUACUUAUGAUUCGCCAGAUGCUGUUGAUAGGGUGACUGUUAACAAGUACUUGAAUUUGAAAGGUAAAGCUAUGGAGGUCAAGAGGGCAGAACCUAGGGGACAGCACCAACAAAACCAGCAAAACCAACAAAACCAGCAACAGCAACAACUGCUGCAAUAUGGUAUGUACGGCGGAUAUAAUCAAUAUGGUCAAGCACCUUAUCAACAGAAUUCCUAUGGUCAGGGUAUGAACGGAAUGUCUCCUGAAAUGAUGCAAGAAUACUGGCAAAGAAUGCAGCAAUGGUACAUGUACCAGCAACAAGCAGCUCAAGCCCAAGCCGCUACAGGUGAGUACUCACAACUGCAAGCUCAGCUGGGAGAUCAACCGAGUCAGCCUUUAAAUCCUCAACAGGCUCCUGAGGCUCCAAAACCACAAGAGGUAGAUCAUAAUCUGGACAGUUCAUCAAGUUAUAGGGACCAAAGAAAGUCGAUGCCACCUAGAGGACCAAGAAGAGCACCUCCUGCAGGACCAUCAGGUAAUUCCAGAGGAAGAGGUGGAUAUCAACAUAGAAAUAAAGGUUACCAUCCUUAUAGUAGAGGAGGAAGAAGAUAG